AAGCUGUAGAAGAAGUUUCUUGGUUAAGCGCUGUAUCAGAGGUUUAGUAGAUUAAUGAAAGUAUGUGGAAAUGAACAGAUUUUAAGUUCAGCCCUUCAAAUCCGGUGUUCUGAGGAAGAAGCUAAGGUUGCAGCGUGUUGGAACCAGCUAUUUGCUAGAAGGUGAAAAGCAAAACUGCAAAGCUGGGGCUACGUGGUGAGAUGAAUGUAUUUCUGGGGGCCUGUGGGGAAGGCUGCGAGACCCUCCUGCAUGGGGAAUUUGAAGCUUAUCCCCCCAAGGGCACACGCUAUGCCCUCAGCCUCACGCAGACAGAAUUGCAUAUCCAGCGCCUGGUGCCCAAGCCGGACAUGGAUCACCGGACUGUGAUGCGCCUGAUUGAUGUGGUGGGGUGUCACACGAUGCGCAGUCCCACAAUCACAAACCAGUCAGCCUUCUUCCGCGUCUACGCUUACCCACUGAAGAAGAGGAAGGUGGUAGUGGGUUCAGGGCGGGCCCGGCAGCGGGUUGCAAAGACUUUUCAGGUUGACAGCGCUGAGUGCUAUGAGGACAACCUCCAAAUGGCAGAGAAAUGGGCAGCUGCAAUCAAAUGCCUGGUUCUGGGGAUUGCUAUCUCAAGCGAAACUGAGAUCAGCCGUAGCCUCCUGCCGCGUCCCCGUCGCCUGCUCCUUCUGCUCAACCCUUUCGGAGGCAAGGGCAACGGACUGCAGUGGUGCCAGAGCCACAUCCUCCCCAUGAUUACGGAGGCCGACGUCAGCUUCAAUUUGGUCCAGACAGAGAGACAGAACCAUGCCCGUGAGCUGGUCCAGAGCAUCAGCUUAGCUGAGUGGGAUGGCAUUGUGGCAAUUUCAGGAGAUGGCCUUCUUUAUGAGGUUGUUAAUGGUUUGAUGGAACGGCCGGAUUGGGAAGAAGCCAUAAAAAUGCCUCUUGGGAUUCUCCCCUGUGGGUCUGGAAAUGCAGUAGCUGCAUCUAUUAACUUCAGCGCCGGGUUUGAGCAGGUCCUGGGCCAGGAGCUGCUGACCAACUGCACCCUCCUGCUCUGCCACGGGGCGGUGUCCCCCUUGGACCUGGUGUCGGUCACCACCUCCUCCGGCUCCCGGACGUUCUCCUUCCUGAGCGUAGCCUGGGGCUUCAUCUCCGACGUGGACAUCGAGAGCGAGAAGUACCGCCACAUGGGCUCGGCCCGGUUCACCUUAGGCACGCUGAUCCGCCUGGCCUCCAUGACCACUUACCGGGGGCGGCUCUCCUACCUGCCCGCCCUGGAUUGCGCGGCCCACCGGCCCAUCUUACGCAGCAUCACCAUGGCGACCAACGGGAGCCUCCCCUUCCAGCACGUGCCUCUCCACCGCACCGUCUCCGACAUGGCGCUGUGCGAGGAACGCCACAACUUCUGCUUCCGGGAGGCGGAGCUUCCUGAGGAGCCCGCCCCCUCGCCCAGCUCCCCGCCCUCGUCUUCCGCCUUCCACCGUUCCAGCUUCAGCUUCGAAGGCCUGUCGGAGGAGCUGCUGGCGGACAGCGAGGACCCCCCGGAGGCAGACCCGGCUGUGGCUGCACCUGCCGUCUCGCCUUCUGUCCGGCAAAUGCACGGGCCCCCGGACGACUUCCUGACCCCGCUGGACCAGCCGGUGCCCAAGUCGUGGGUGACCGUGGAGGACGAUUUUGUCUUGGUGCUGGCCAUCUACCAGACUCACCUGGGCGCCGACCUGUUCACAUCUCCCUUCGCCUGCUUUGACGACGGCCUCAUCCACCUCGCCUACGUCAAGGCGGGCAUCUCCCGGGCCUCCCUGAUCCGCCUCUUCCUGGCCAUGGAGAAAGGCACUCACUACCAGCAGGAAUGCCCCCACCUCACCCACAUCCCCGUCCGGGCCUUCCGCAUUGAGCCCCUCACUCGCAAGGGCAUCCUCACCAUUGACGGGGAGAGGGUGGAAUACGGCCCCAUCCAGGGGCAAGUCCACCCCGGCCUCGCCAACCUCCUCACUGGCAUCGGCCGGGUGAAGGUUACGGCCUUCUGACCCAGGAUCCAGCCGUCUCCCUUGCAAGGACACGUGGCAGGUCUGGUCCGACUUGCGCCCCCUUCUGCCACGUGGUUGCCUGAGGGGAGGGGUUGGGGAGGCCACAUUUUCUGACUGGUUUGCCCUCUGGUGGCUGGAGAGGGCAUUGCUGCUUAAAACGACCCUCUGCCCUUUCAGGCCUUUGAGCGCGCACGCUGUCUAUCCCCCUUGAUGAGCCAUGGGGUGGGGUAACGGGUCUUGGCCACUUUUCCAUCUCCCACAGUCCUCUGCUGCUAUUCGAGGUAUGCAAUGGUUUGAAGUCGCCUUCUCCCAACCUGGCAUCCUGCAGGUGUGUUGAACUACAACUCCCAUCCGCACCCAGCCAGCCCGGUUUGGCGGGCGGGACUGAACGAAGUAAUCCUGGUCCCUUUAGGACUGUGGGGAGCUGACGGUGAUGUGGAUCUGAGAAGUCAGUGGGGAAACUGUUGAGUCUGGGCGUUGUUCGCCUGAGCGACACUAAGCGACUUGGGCCUUUCAGCCCAUGGGACCAAGAGCAAUUUCCCCAUUUCUUCACCUUUCCCUUCUUGCCCCCUGUUCUUGGGUUGGAUCCAGAAUUAGG